AAUUUUUUUUGGGAUAAGUUUUGUAUGAAGUGAAACAAUUCUAACAAGUUACAAUUUAGUCUAACUAGAAAAUUAGUCAGACAAGUAUAUUAUAGAAGAAUAUUGCAGAAUAUGGAAAUGAGCAAUGCUGCAUACGAAUCGAAUUGGUUUAACGUCUCGCCGCGGGAAGCUAGGUGUCUUUUAUUUAUCAUGAAUAGAUCUCAUCGACCUCUUUGUUUGACAGCUGGAAAAUUUAGCACUUUCUCUAUGGAAUUAUUCAGUACCAUAAAAUUUAGCCAAGGAGUAAAGAACAAAGCUAUCGUAUUCUCGAUCAGAUAAAUAAUUCGAGAAUCGAUGAUAGACUGCAAUC